CAGAAACAGACAUGCCACUUUCCCAAUCCGGUAUCGCCAAGCGUGAUACCUCACUCAUAUUGCCAAAGCGAACGGCAAUCAAGGGGUCAAAAAUCUUUUAUAUAUAAUCGGCGUGUCACAGAAUGUUUUGACGCUUAUAGUGUGGGCUGCCAUAUGCUUCGCGUAUAUCCGGUUUCGAAGAUGGACGUAUAAGUGCAAAGACUACCUCGCUGGAGACGCUGAGCUUGAAUAAUUCCUUGGGACUUCACGACACUACCAGUCGCGGACUGUACUGUCGUGGCUACAGCCACUCGCGGCAUACUACGUCAUAGCAAUGUGUCUGGUCAUCUUCAUCUUCACCAGCAGCUCCAUGUGGUUGAAAGGAGCCGAAGGUACCUUAUUCAUGGGCCCUUAUUUACCGCACAUCUUCCUCCUGCUCAUGGUGGCCGGACGCAAGCUUUACUACCGAAAGGCCCGCCUCGCCGACCCGGAGAACGCGAAGGGAUGGGUUCACCUCGGGACCGACAGGGGCGGCGCCGAGCUGCUCCGCAAGCUACGCGACCUGUAUAACCGCUCGCAGCGGGCCGCGGACCGGCAGCUCGACGAAGAAGACGACCGGGUCUCCACGCCGCAAGAGGAUAUGGCGAACGACAGCCGGCGAGGCGAUGAUGAUUUUGACCCCAGGUACAGGGGAAGAGUGAACUCGAACCACCACUUUGGUGACACGCGCGCCGACAUGGAGAUGGAGCAGAUGCAGCCGAAUGACGGUCCCCGCGACGUGCGCUCGAGGAACGAGCAGCCUGAGUGGCGCUCGCGAAAGCCAAUCUCAGAGUUCGUGAAGGAAUAUGUGGCCUAGGCGCAUUUCGGGUCGGCGGAUAGUGAAGCUGGUUCUUGUAUUCUAUACUAGAGAGCAAAUUGAGACGGAUAUUCAUGGCCCCA